GGCAGGAUGGAGCAGCAGCUGCAGUGCUGGCUGUGUGCAGAGCGGGGCCCAGGCGAACUGCUGGGUGAGCCCUGAGCCUCCAGCGUCGCUCAUGGGACCGGUGCCCCAUCCCGGAGCCAGCACAGGGUCACGACUCUACGAACCACGGCUGUCCUGGGCAGGCGCCACCCUGAGAGCUGAGACGUGGCUGGCAGGGGCUGUGCUGGGAAGCUGGCCCUCAGCAUCUGUCCCCCUCUGGCUCUGGUGCUUGUUCCUCUCAUGGCUCACUGGCUGGUGCAGAAUGACGGCUGGGGGGCGUGUGUGGCUGUGGGCCAGCAGGCCAGUGGGCCUUCCUACCGACUACAUGGGUGCAGCGUGAGUGCAGUUUGCGUGCCGCCUGCCCGGAGCCCCGAGAGCGAGGGGUGCGUGCCCACGGCCAGCGGGGCCUGUGCGGCGGGGCCCUGGCACACAUGCUGCUGUGCUUCUGGGGCGUGCUGGGACCCUCUGCUCUGGGAUUGGCUAUGCUGGGUCUCAGCUGUGCAAGGAAGCACUUUCAGGACCGAAACUCUGCCUGUGUGCAAGUUGUCCAUAGCACACUCCUCCCUCAGGCGUGCUUUUCAUCUGGCUGUGCUCUCCUCCCACUGAGGUCUGCUGGGGAGGGCAGGUUGCUUUUUGGCUGUUCGCAAUCCUCAGCCAACCAGUGUGGUCAGGGGUGUCUCACCCACCUGCCUAGCCCGGGCCCUUGGCUCUUAGCAUCUGCUUCCCUCCUGCCUUUGCCAGGGCCAGAGCCCCUGCAGCGACCACCUCUUGGUGCCAGGGGUGCACAGCUCAGGAGGUGCACCCUUGCCGUCCGGGGACUCUGUGCUGCCUGGAAUCCAGUGUCCGAGGAGGUGCCUGGGCCUCACAGCCUGCCCUGGCCUGGCUCCAGCCACCAGCCCUCCCCAGGCGCCAAGCCUGAUCUUCCCGUCUCCAGCUCUUCUUCCUCCAGGCAUCAGCUGAGACCAUCCUGUCCCCUGACCUUCCUUCGGUCGAUGAUACGGGUGCUCUGCGCCUGUUCUGGCUCAGGAGAUGUUUGCACAUGGAGCGUGGGGCGCAUCUGCACCAGGGAGCACGUGCUCAGCCACAGCCCACACCAGCGGGAAACUGGGCUGUCAGGCAAGGCUGUUGUCAUCGUGGCUCCGUUUAUAAGCGGCUCGGGCGUGCGAGUCGAUCCUGUAGGUGGCCCGGAUGGUGGUUCCCAGAACCGCUGCCAUGCGCGUGAAGAUGCCGCGCACCCACAAGCCUCCAUGGUGGGGCAUCUCGGCUCCAGCCCCAGUGCACCGGCCUGCCGGGCUCGGGCGGGAGAGGUCCAUUUAUCACGGCUGUUCUGGGACACGCUUCUCUCCGUCUGGCCUUUCCCGCCUAAGUGUCCUUGGCCCGAGCACAGACAGCGAGAGCUGUCCCGGUGCUGAGAACGCGCCCGGCCCACGGCGAGGCCGGAAGGCGCUGCCCUGGCCCCACUCUGCAGGACUCCCCGCAGGGUGAGCGAGCGGGAAUGCGAUUCCUGCCGUAGGUUCUCCCCGAGACACAGCCCCUCCUUCCUGCCCAUGCCCAUUGCCAACGUGGCGUUUGCGGCUUUGCGACUAAGAGAAUUCCUAAAUGUCACGCUGCUGACCUGGCUGUAGAGUCUAAGUGCGGAGUUUUGUGGCUUAUGAUCCCAGCUUGGGGAACAGAAUCCACUUCGUUCAGCAGAUGCUGGCGAGCCCUGGGGCGCUGGCAGGUGCGGCUCCUCCUGGAGUCUCCUGGCUGCGCGCGGGUGGCGGACACUCGGCCUGAGUGUGUGUGUGAGGGCACAGUAGCACCGUGUUGUGCACAAUUUGUGCAGACAAGUUUUAGAAACAGUAAAGCUCCAGAUAAGUGCCCUUGUUUUAAAAUACAUGUUUAAAAAGAAAAGAGAAAACGUCUAUUCCGUAGAAUAAAGUAAUUAAAAUUUCUCUUAAAGGGUUGGAAAAGUCAGGGCAGUGCCAGCAGGAGUGUCGCAGCGUCUGCCUGGUCAGGCGGGAGGUGGAGCCCCGGGUGCCAAGGCGGCGGCGUUGCCAUGCACCCGCCCGGCCAUCUGCUCCCGCAAAGCGCCGUCUGCUGUGCCACUGCUGGACGCAUCUACAGAAGUGACAGGCCUCUGGUCCUCGCAGCCCGCCCGCAAGAGCCGAGCAGCGACUCGAUAGUGUGGGAAAAUAACUCAGGAAUGGUAAAAAGAAAAAAAAAACAGUCCAAGAAAACUGGCAGCAGGAGACUGGGCCUGGGGCAUCUGUUGGCCUGUCCACCAGCCCACGGGAGCGGCGCCGUGUCUGCCUCCAGUCCUGCCCCAGGGCCUCUUGCCCCUGGCGGUCCUGGGGACCCGCUGUCACCCUGUGCUCGCCGCCGCUCGCCUCGGUCCCGCCGGGGCAGGGUGAUGGCGUCAACAUUGAUUCAUGUCCAAUUCGCAUUUGUUUCUCAGCUGUUCCCGGAAUUUACACUGUAAGUACUUUGUUCUGGUUGGUACAAAGUGCUGACCGUGCAAAGUUGGCGCGCACGGGCAUCUGACUCCCUGGUGAGACAUCCCGGGGCGGCCAGGAGAGGACAGUAGAGGGGCCUCCUGGGGAGGGUCGUCUUUGGGAGUAGCUCUGUGUUGGCGUCGAGGUGGUGGAAACCCGACCUGGUCCCUGCGCGGCCUCACAGCCGGCCACCUGCCCUCCCGAGCGCGCCAGCGGAUGGGGACUGGCGAGAGCCGCCCACCAGCCCAUGUGGCCACCCCAGCUAUUCGUCCUCUGCUUCAAAGUCCACGUCGCCCUCAAAUUGGAAACACUGCUAAGAAAAUGAAGAGGCUGCAGGCCAGGGGGCAGCAUGCAGCGGCAUGGCCAGUGCUAGCCAGUGUCCAGACCCCCAAGACCCUCGACGCAGCUUCCCCGUGGGGCGCUGGCCCUGGCAGCCAGCACUAGGAAGGCACACGGCGCCCAAGCACAGGUGGCAGGUGUGGUAGCAUGGCCAAGACAAGCUCCGGCCUCCAGCUGGCCGCAUACGAGCUCGAAAGGGUGCCGGGCCGCGGCAGCUGCUGAUGACAUGGAUGUGGUCGAGCGGGCAAACCAGCAGUUUCCUUAAAAAGCAAACCUCUGCCCUCUGGCCCAGCAGCUCAUGCCUCGGUGCCUCCUGUGAGAACAUGGUCUCUGUGAGAUUAGCGGCAGCAGCUCACGCCCCCACCUGCAGGGACCGGACAGGCUGCCCGGCCCGCGAUGGGUGAGGUGGCCGGGAGGGCAGUGCCAGGCCCUCCCGGGCUGGGGGCAGGAUGGGCAGUGUGGGCAGUCGCUGGCACCUGGCUGUGCGGGGGUGUGUGUCAGGACUGACGGGCUGAAGACCUGAGUCCUGAAGUCAUGGGGUGUGGAGUCCUGGGGGUCAGAGGGAGCUGCAGAGCUGGGUCCCCCUGGACCACCCUCUGCCUCUGGCCUUGCCAUCCGGCCAUGGGGUCCUGGGAAAAUGUCUUCAUGGCCAGUUCCCCGGGGCCUUGUGCUGAACGGACGUCUGUGUCGUGAGGCUGGAGAGAUGGGCCUGGAUCCCGCCCGGCGGUGCCUGCUGGCCGCCGCGCUCCCACCAGCCCGGGUGCUGCCAAGUGUUUUCUCCGUGAAGACUGUUGUUCCCCUGCUUACAAUCAGCUUUCCUGACAAGAAGUAUUGAAAGACACGGCUCCGGGGAGCGGUACCUCACUGUGACUCUAAAGUCAGGCCAGUUUCCUGCAAGAUGAGCUUCCGCCCCCGAACGCAGCGUCUGCUGGCGGCCGGCACCCGUGUCAGGAGGCAGGGGCCCUGCACUGGC